CAUAGGUAGACUAACGCUGAUUGAUAGGCUGACAUUGAUAACAGGUUCUUGUUCUUCAUCUUGACACCUUGACUGAUUCACAAUACAUGGAAGUGAAUAAUCUAAGACAGUCAUGUCAGCAAGCGGAAGAUGCUUUCACUCAAGGCAUGGAGAAACUGCACUCUGACUCUUGCUGAAACUGUUGCUGCUUGUCAACUGGUAGAAGGAGGUUACAUCCCAAGGAUGCCUACUGAAAUGGAGAAGUUGGAAGCUUUAGUCAGCUUUGUGAACCAGCUAAUGGAGCUGCAUCCAAUCAUAAGUUCGAAGGGCAUGAACUCUUCAUCCACCCAAUUUGUCACCCCAAGUAGGUUUGGAAUUUAUGAGCCCAUUCACCAACUUGGCACAUGGGGGGAAAACUUUAAAAGUAAUGGCAAUCCAAAUACAUCGACGCCUAUCAUCAUGGAGGUGGAUACAAAACUAGACACUCAGAUACAAAGGCGUCUCGCACAAAACUGUGAAGCUGCUCGUAAAAGCCGAUUGCGGAAAAAGGUAUAAGAUUACGCAGGCUCACGAGGACAGGUUGCCCAGAUUGAACUCAAAGCUCUAAGACGUUGGAAGUACUCUGCUAGUGCAAGUAAGCCUUGAGCUGCCUGGCGAGUUGUUAGGAUACGAGACAUCUGCUGUAGUGUUUCUUGGCGAAGAUGAUCAGCCUGUUCAGGCAAGAGCUUAAGAAGUUGGUAACAUGUCAGGAUGUUCCAAGUAAAAACUAACAUAGACCAGAUUGUAUGAACCCAAAAUUUAAAGAACCAUGUUAUGCUAAGAUACAUAUUAGACUCUGCAA